AUGGGGAUCGCAGGCGCGAAGACGAAAGCCGAGCGCUGGGGGGAGACUGAAGGUAUUGCAGACGCAGAACACGAGGCAACCGUGCCUCUACGAGCCUAG